UUCAGUUAGCCGCGCACGCUCGUGGAACGCACUUGGAUAGCUCGCUGUUGUACCUUCACCUGUGUUCCAAGUUGAGCACUUUAUUUGUGGGCCCAAUCUAAUCGCAGUGAAAGUGGAUUUCAGAUUAAAAGCGAAGCGAUUGGCAUACCAAAUUGCCCCCUUCGAUCGGAAUUAAAUCUUAAUGUUUAGUCUGUCCACGAUUUUGGUUGUGAACGAGUGUGUUAACUAGCCGGCGGCAUGGGCAUCAAGGUCAAGGAGACGACCCCCGGGCAAAUCGAGGAGCUGCGCGAAAGGUUUAACAGCAAAUAUGCCUCAUCACCGCCCGCAGUACCCUUCCAUCCAGUGGAUCUUGAUCGCAUUCGCAACGAAAAUCUUUGGCUACAGCGAUUCCUGGAAAUGUAUGAUCUUGACAUGGAUACGGCAUUUAAUAAUUUGUGGCAGACGUGUGCCUGGCGCCAAUCAUAUGGUGCCAAUGAUCUCGACGAGAGCCAGUUGAACCAGGAAUAUCUAAAGGAGGGAUCAGUAUUUGUGCACAGCACUGAUAUCGAUGCCACGCCCCUGUUGGUAUUCCGCGUUAAGCUUCAUAGUAAAUCCAAGAAUCUGGAUGACCUGAUCCGCAUCGUAGUGUACUGGGUGGAGAGAACCCAGCGGGAGCAGCAUUUGACAAAGCUGACCAUAUUCUUUGACAUGGCGGGCACUGGAUUGGCCUCCAUGGACUUGGAUUUCGUUAAGCGGAUUGUCGAGACAUUCAAGCAGUACUAUCCUAAUUCCCUGAAUUACAUUUUGGUGUUCGAACUGGCCUGGGUGCUAAAUGCUGCCUUUAAGGUCAUCAAGGCCCUGCUGCCACCGAAAGCAGUUGAGAUUUUGAAAAUGAUAUCGAAAAAGGACAUCGGCCAGUAUAUAACCAAGGACAAAAGCCUGGCCAGCUGGGGUGGCGAGGAUAACUACGAAUUUAGCUUUGUGCCGGGGGCCAAACAGUCCGCCAAGCCGGUGGCCGCCAAUGCCGGUGAUGAUGAGCAGUUCGCGGACAAGAAGGUCACCUUUGCCAAUACCGCUCCCCUGGUGCUCAAGGAGUCCAACAUCAACGAGAUGCACACUCCAUCCGAGGCCAUGCUGCAAAUAGAUCCCAAGGAGUUUGUCAACUUUAACUCGAAGAAUGCGGAGGCCACGCUGAACCUCAAGUCGAUUGCCAAGUCGGCUGUGACCUACAAGAUCCAAACCACAUCGCCGGAGAAGUUCAGAGUGCGACCCCGCUGCGGAAUAAUCCAGCCAAACCAGGAGGCCUCCAUUAACAUAUGGCUCAAGUCGGAGCACCAGCUCAGUGCCGAGAGCAAGGACAAGUUCCUGGUCAUGGCCAUGGUGGCUCCGAGCAGUGAAUGCUGUGGCUCCGAUGUGACCGAUCUCUGGCGGAACAAAUCCCCAUCGGCGGUGGACGUGGAGCAGCACCGGUUGGUCUGCCGCUUCGAUGCUCCGAAAGCGCCACCGGAUUGUCCGAACAAGGCCAGCAAGGCCAGUGUAGAUGGCAAGAAAUCCUCGAUUGGGAACGAUCCGGCCUCGGUGAUGGAGCGCCAGUUGGCAUUUACCCAGAACCUGCAAUAUGUGACGCUGGCGCUGCUUAUGCUGCUCUUUGCCGGCUUCGGAUUCCUGAUGUACCAGCAGAUGGGCCACCACUCGUCCACCUGCCCCAAGGCGACGGCGUAUUCGUGCGCCAAGCGCAAAUAAUAUUUACUUUCACCGUGUAAUCUGACCAGGCAGGAGCUGAACGAUGCCGCUCGCAACAGCCACAAUAAUGAAGACCACGAUUGCGACUGCCCUGAGCUGGGUAACUGCGCCAGUGCGUUCGAUCUGAUGGAAUUGGGUCUGGACUGCGCCGAAGACAUGGACCAGUUCGAUGGCGAGUGCCUGGAGGCCCUGAUCCAGACGCAUCUGCAGCUGUGUCGCAGCUGUCAAGGCAUCGGCGACGACGGGCAGCUGGGCGGCGUGGCUGCCGGCGGCCAUCUGCUAGGACUCAUCGCCUUCGCAAGGAAGCUGGUGCGCGUCGUCCUUUCGCUGUCGCUGCUGUGCGGCAUCUUGUUCGUGAGCUUCUACCUGGGAAGCAACUACGGCGGAAACUCCACCACCACCACCAUCACAACCUCCCUAGCCACAGUUGACUCAGGCAGAGGCAAUCGUCAGCCGUGUUACUACUCGUAGUCAAGCCAAAAUCCACACUUAUAUGAUAUCCAGGGUGGUUCGAUUUGUUUGCCAGAAAUUGCAAUUUGUAUGUCAAUGAUAACAUUUGACCCUUGCCUGAUAUUUAAAAAAAAAAAUGCACGUGGGAACCGAAAUAUUAAAUUCUUCAUACCUACUUCAUUGGUUUGCAUGAAAAAAGCCUGGAUUUUUUUUCUUUGAAAUGGAUAAAGGGUCAAACCUAACAGUUUACCUAUAGUUUCUCCAAAUUUUAUAAUGAUUCCUUCGCUUUCGGAGGUUCCUUCAUUUGUGUUCCUUUCCUGCAAAUCGAGUCACCCUAAAUAUAAACAUAUUUAUAUAUACAUCUUUAGAUCUAUGCUAAAGUAACAUUUUGUGUUGUUGUCUUGAUAUUAUUCGAGUAAAUGGUGUACCCCACGCUUACUGCCCCAAUCUUUGUAACUAUUUUGUCGGUAAUCUCCCGGUCCUCCACGCCUGAGCCAAGAACUUAUAGAACACUGUGAGUAGGAUAUGUAUGUCUCUUUUUGUAAAUUAUAUAAACAAAUAACCGAUUAUUUAUGUCGAAUUAAAGUUGAUUAGUUUGUAAAUAAA